AUGGAAGGUUCACACAAGAAAAAGGGUAAAAGACCCAACCUUUUGGCCGAUACUGUGUUUUCUUGGUCCCUUGAUGACAUUUUCAACGAACGUCUCUUCAAGAACAAGGUGGAAAAGAUUCCUGAAUCAUUUCACUCUGUUGAGCAUUACUUCGGGUGUUAUAUGUAUCCUUUAUUGGAAGAAACACGAGCGCAAGUCCAUUCGAGUAUGGAAACUAUUUACAGAGCACCAUUUGCUAAAGUAGUUGCUUUUGAAAAAGCCAAGCCAUAUGGAACAAAGCUAUAUAAUAUUAAGGUUGAUUACUGGCGAAACAGGUUCAAUGACCGUGGCAAGGAGCCAUACAAAACUUGGCCUGGUGAUCUUUUUGUUUUAGCAAAUGCUAAACCUGAAACUGUUUCAGAUUUACAAAGGGUAGGGAGGUCAUGGGCUUUUGCAUCGGUCACUAAAGUCUCGGAAAAUGAGAACAAGGAUGACACUACUUCUCUUUAUUUUAAAGUCAAGGCUUCCAAAGAGCUUGACGUCGUAAAGAGCACAACACCACUGUUUAUGGUUUUUCUAGUCAACUUAAUCCCAAAUGGAAGAAUAUGGAAAGCUUUGCACAUGUCCAAAAACCUGAAGAUUAUCAAGGAGGUUCUGUGCACUGAUUCUGUGGCUCAGAAAAAUCUCUGCUCUGAAAAGAACAAUGACAUUGUGAAUAAGAGAUUAGUUCAGAGUUUAUCAUCUGGUUUGAAUGAAUCCCAGACUGGGACCGUUCUGGCCUGUCUUGAAAUGCUGCAUUCUUGUGAAAAGUCUGCUGUGGAACUAAUUUGGGGUCCUCCUGGUACUGGAAAAACUAAAACUAUCGUGACUCUACUUUUAACCCUGCUACAGAUGAAUUGUAGGACUCUUGUCUGUGCCCCAACAAAUGUUGCAAUAACUGAAGUUGCUUCUCGCGUUGUGAAGAUGGUGACUGAAGUAGAGUCCAGUGCUUUGUUUUGUUCUUUGGGAGAAGUUCUUCUAUUUGGGAAUAAGGAGCGACUCAAAGUUGGCUCAGACAUUGAAGAGAUAUAUUUAGAUUACCGUCUCAAAAGGCUUGUUGAGUGCUUAGGGCCACGGACUGGUUGGAGGCAUUGUUUUGCUUCCAUGAUAGAUUGUCUUGAAGAUGGUGUUUCUCACUACCAUACUUUUUUGGAAAACGAGUUUACUAUUGAGAAGGAACCAAAGGCUAUAGGUCAAAUGAAAGCGGAAGAAAGCAGAAUUGUCGCUAAAGCUGGCAAGGACACAUGCAAAACAUUUCUGGAAUUUAUUAGAGACAGAUUUGUUACUACUGCAUCACCUCUAAGAUAUUGCCUUUCUAUCUUCUGUACCCACAUGCCGAAAAAUUACAUUUCUGUAGAUAAUUUCCAAAACAUGGUUUUGCUUAUCAAAUUGGUUGACUCCUUUGAAUCAUUGUUGUUUCAAGUUAAUGUUGCUUCUGAAGCACUUGAAGACAUUUUCUCACGUUCUGAAGUUGAAGACAUAUCAGACACAUGUGCUGAUAACUCGUUUCUUCUAUUCACAAAUAGAAGAGAAUGCCUUAAAGUCUUACACAAUCUAUUUGACUCUCUGAGUGAACUUCACCUUCCGGAUUUUAUGAAUCAAGAGUCUCUAAUGGCAUUUUGUUUUCAAAGUGCUUCCUUGAUAUUUUGCACUGCAUCCAGCUCAUAUAAGUUGCAUAAAUUGGCAAUGGAGCCACUAAGCAUUGUGGUUAUUGACGAAGCUGCGCAAUUGAAAGAGUGUGAAUCAACAAUCCCCCUUCAACUACCAGGCGUGAAGCAUGCUGUGCUUGUUGGUGAUGAAUGUCAGUUACCAGCUAUAGUGAACAGCAUUGUUUCUGAUGAAGCUGGUUUUGCAAGAAGCUUGUUUGAGAGGUUAAGCUCAGUUGGUCACUCAAAACACCUCCUAAAUAUGCAGUACAGGAUGCAUCCAUCAAUAAGUUUCUUCCCAAAUUCUAGUUUCUACAAUAACAUGAUCCUGGAUGCUCCAAAUCUUAAAAGGAGAAGCCAGGAGAAAAACUAUCUUAAAGGGUUAAUGUUUGGUCCUUAUUCUUUUAUCAAUGUCAUUGGUGGACGAGAAGAGAAGGAUGAGGAUGGACGUAGUCGAAAGAAUAUGGUUGAGGUUGCUAUUGUUUCACAAAUACUGCGGAAACUGUAUAAAGAAUGGGUUGAUUCAAAACAGAAUCUCAGUAUUGGUAUAGUAUCUCCAUAUGCUGCUCAAGUAGUUGCAAUCGAGGACAAACUUGGACAGAAGUAUAAUAAUCUUGAUGGAUUUAUAGUGAAGGUGAAGACAGUUGAUGGGUUCCAGGGUGGGGAAGAGGACAUCAUUAUAUUUUCCACUGUACGAUCCAAUUGUCAACAGUCACUUGAGUUUAUUUCAAAACCGCAAAGAAUUAAUGUUGCUCUUACAAGGGCUAGGCACUGUCUGUGGAUUUUGGGGAAUGAAAGAACUCUAUGUGAUAGUGAGUCUGUUUGGGAGGCCUUGGUCCUUGAUGCCAAAAAUCGCCAUUGCUUUUUCAAUGCUGAUGAAGACAAGGAUUUAGCCAAGGCCAUAUUAGAGGUGAAGAAACAGUUCGACCAACUAGAUGAUUUGCUUAAUGCUGACAGUGUACUUUUCAGAAGUGCUAGAUGGAAGGUACUUUUUAGUGAUAACUUUUUGAAGUCAUUCAAGAAACUGAUGUCAGUCCGUUUGAAGAGGUCAGUGCUAAAUGUUCUACUAAAGCUUGCCAGUGGCUGGAGACCGAAGAUGCAAAAUUCAGAUAUAAUCUGUGGCAACUCUUCACUGAUCUUGAAGAAAUUCAAGGUUGAAGAUCUAUAUAUUGUUUGCACAACAGACAUAGCAAAGGAUUUGAGAUACAUUCAAGUAUUGAAGAUUUGGGACAUAUUGCCUAUAGAGGAUGUCCCAACGUUGGUAAAUCGCCUGGACAAUAUAUUAAACAAAUAUACAGAUGAUUAUAUUAAUCUCUGCAAGGAGAAAUGUCUUGAGGGUGAUUUGGAAGUUCCAAAGAGCUGGCCAAGUUCUUUGGAAUUUAUUCGGUUUAAGGAUCUUAGCUUCACUGAAAUCCAGAAUGAUUUAGUUGGUGACACUUCUCAUGGUAGAAGUUAUGCUGAGAAUUCACGUGUCAGCGAAAGUUUGUUACUGAUGAAAUUUUACUCACUAUCAUCUGGGGUGGUAAACCACUUGCUGUCUGAUCAUGAGGGUAGAGAACUGGAUCUUCCGUUUGAAGUUACAGACCAAGAAUUGGAGAUUAUCCUUUAUCAGAGAAGUUCCUUUAUAGUUGGACGGUCAGGAACUGGGAAAACCACACUUUUCGUGACAGUGAGUCCGAAGCUAUGUUAUGCUAUCAAGCAACAUGUUUUACACUUGAAAAGAAGUCAUUCAACUGAAACCGGUUUGAUUGAUAUGAUUGAUUUUGAUGAGGAUGAAGCUCAAUUUAACGAUAUCCAAGAUUCAUUUCAUGAAGUUCCUGCCCAUUCUUACCCUCUUUUCAUCACAUUGCAUAAGUUCUUGAUUAUGCUUGAUGGAACAUUGAGAAACUCAUACUUUGAAAGAUUCCUUGAUGCAACUGAGACUUUUAUAAGGACAAAGGAAGUCAGUUAUGAGAAGUUUAGUUCAUUAUACUGGCCUCAUUUUAAUACCGAGUUAACAAAGAAGCUUGAUGCUUCAAGAGUCUUUACAGAGAUUAUUUCUCAUAUAAAAGGUGGCCUGGGAGCUCUAGAAGCGUGUGAUGGUAAAUUGAGUCGAGAGGAUUAUGUUCAACUGUCAGAGAGCCGAGCUUCCAAUCUAACCAGCCAAGAGAGAGAAGUUAUAUAUGACAUUUUUCAGAUGUAUGAAAAAAUGAAGUUGGAAUAUGGUGAAUUUGAUCUUGCUGAUUUUGUUACUGAUCUGCACCGUCGACUCAGGCAUGAAAAGUAUGAGGGGGAUCAUAUGGACUUUGUUUAUAUUGAUGAGGUUCAGGAUCUCACAAUGAGUCAAAUUGCCUUGUUUAAACACAUGUGCCACAAUGUUGAAGAGGGUUUUGUUUUUUCGGGUGAUACUGCUCAAACAAUUGCAAGGGGUAUUGAUUUCAGAUUUCAAGAAUUACGACAUCUAUUCUACAAGAAAUUUGUGUUGGAGUCAAGAAGCAAUAAGCACGAUGAAAGUAAGGAAAAGGGCCAAAUCUCAGAAAUUUUUCACUUGACUCAAAACUUUCGUACCCAUGCUGGAAUCCUCAAGCUAUCACAAAGCAUUGUUGAACUUCUUUAUCAUUUUUUCCCCCUUUCCAUUGAUGUUUUAAAACCUGAAAGCAGUUUGAUAUAUGGGGAAGCUCCAGUAUUGCUUGAAUCUGGAGAAAAUGAAAAUGCAAUCGUAAAGAUAUUUGGAAAUACUGGAAAUAUAGUUGGAUUUGGUGCUGAGCAGGUAAUUUUGGUGCGAGAUGAUAGUGCUCGAAAUGAGAUAUCAAAACUUGUAGGGAAGCAUGCUCUUGUGCUAACCAUUGUCGAGUGCAAGGGCCUUGAGUUUCAGGAUGUUCUCUUAUACAACUUUUUCGGAUCAUCACCUUCGAGAAAUCAAUGGAGGGUAAUAUAUGAUUACAUGAAUGAACUAGAGUUACUCGACCACACAUUACCCAGGGGCUUUCCAAGUUUUAAUGUAGCCAAACACAACAUAUUGUGCUCUGAACUGAAACAACUAUAUGUGGCUGUUACUCGCACGAGACAGAGAUUGUGGAUAUGUGAGAACUUUGAAGAUCUCUCCAAACCAAUGUUUGACUACUGGAAGAAGAAGUGUCUUGUGCAAGUUAAGCAACUGGAUGAUUCCCUUGCACAUGCAAUGCAAGUUGCAAGCAGUCCAGAGGAGUGGAAGUCACGUGGCAUGAAGCUAUAUCAUGAACAUAACUACGAAAUGGCCACAAUGUGCUUUGAAAGAGCCGGUGAUGCUUACUGGGAAAGAAGGUCUAAAGCUGCUGGCCUUAAAGCACUCGCUGACCAUAUGCGAACGUCAAAUCCUGAAGAGGCUAAAUCUAUUCUCAGGGAAGCUGCUGAAAUAUUUGAUGCUAUAGGCAAGGCAGAUUCUGCGGCGAGAUGUUUUUCUGAUUUGGGGGAGUAUGAAAGAGCUGCUAGGAUAUACUUGAACAAAUGUGGCGAGUCUGAACUGGAGAGAGCCGCGGAAUGUUUUUCUCUAGCAGGAUGCUAUGAGGAGGCUGCAGAUGUGUAUGCCAAGGGAAAUUUUUUCUCAGAGUGUCUCACUGUUUGUGGCAAGGGAAGACUAUUUGAAAUGGGUUUGCAAUACAUCAAUAAUUGGAAACAGCAUGCAGAAGAGGACAGUGCUAUGACUACAAGGGGAAAUGGAAUAAAUAGAAUGGAGCAUGAGUUUUUAGAGAGCUGUGCAGUUCACUAUUAUAAUUUGAAUGAUAACAGAUCCAUGAUGAAAUUUGUUAAAGCUUUUCAUUCUAUAAUUUUGAUGCGAAACUUUUUGAAGAGGUUGGAUAACCUUGAUGAGCUUUUGUUGUUGGAGGAAGAAUUUGGAAAUUAUCUGGAAGCUGCAAACAUCGCACAGCUUAAAGGUGAUAUUCUACUUGAAUCUGAUUUCCUUGGAAAGGCAGGUAAGUUCAAAGAGGCCUCACUGCACAUACUAUUCUACGUACUUGCCGAGUCUCUUUGGUCAUCUGGCAGCAAGGGCUGGCCUCUGAAGAAGUUUCCACGACAGGAGGCUCUUUUGGCACAAGCCAAGUCACUUGCCAAGAAUGAGACAGACAACUUUUAUGAAUUGGUUUCCACUGAGGUUGAUAUUUUAUUAAAUGGGAUGGAUAGGUUGGCUGUUUUGAAAAAUCAAAUCAAUUCUUCUGAGAGACAUAAGAGUAUUAGAGGGGAAGUGUUAUCAGCUAGAAAAAUUUUGGAUGCCCAUCUUUCUCGAAGAACUGAUAAGUAUAUAUGGGAAACAGAAUUGAUUGGUGAUCUUGUACAGCAUUCAGAAGAGAAAAUAUCUAAAAAUCAAGUUUCCAUCGAUUCACUCAUCUACUUCUGGAAUUCUUGGAAGGAGAAGAUUCUUCACAUAAUUGAAUCUGUAGGUUGUUUGGAAACACAAGACUACAAAGGUUAUGUAGAGUUUGGUUUUACUUUCUUAGGAGUCUGGAGGCUGUAUCAUAAUCUGAGUCCAGUGUAUGUUUUACUCAUCUCUGAUGCUGAUUGGGUUAGAGGUCUGGACAAAAGACAUUUCCAAAGUUAUGAGAAGUUGGUCUCCAUUGAUGUUCACCAACUCAUUCCAGCUGCUCAAAAUUUUUGGUGUUCAGAACUGGUCUCUGUUGGCAUUAAGGUUUUGGAAAAGCUUGAAGCACUUUUCAAGUUCCCAGUCAAGAGUCCUGAUUCAAUUUUCUUUCAAAGCAGGGCUCUUACUCUGAUCUAUGAUGUUGGAAAAUAUCUUUUGGAUUCCAAGUGUCUGAAGCAAAGGAAUCAAGAUACCAUGACACUACAGAAGUUUGUAACCUUUUCGACUGAAAAAUAUAUUACUUGCAUAUUUCCUUUAGAUUGGAGGAAUUCAGCAAGAGAGAAUAUGAUUUCUCUUAGAAGAACUAAUGCUUCCCAAUCUAUGCUGAAACAAGUAAUAGUUGAAUGUAUCAGCGGGAAGAACAAGAUGUCUUAUGGGCAAAUUGGAAAGGUCAUCAUGAUCAUUCUUGGGUCUGGCAAGCCAAGUAGUGAACUUCACAGCAUGAUUGUGCAAAAGCUGACCUGCAACCCGCCAUGGAUGUCAUUCGUUGAGACUUUGUGUGAGAAGGAUAUGGGACCUUGGAGUCGUAGUGGAGAACCUAAACAGACGUCCGUUUUGUGGCGAUUCUAUGAAGCAUUAGUCGAAACUUAUAGUGCAAACUGGAGGGCUCUUCAUGACUACAUAUCACCUGGUUGCUUCUUGUAUCUUGUAGAGCGCCUUUUGACUUUGGCCUCUUGCUUUCAUGGUUUUGUUAUCUCCACGAGUUCAAGUUUUAUAGAAUGGCUGAUAUACAAGGAUGGAGAUACCAUCAUAAGCUCACCAUCCCUGGGAGAGAUUGCUGAUUUUGUGACUGAUGUUGUUCGAGAUUGUAUUUAUAAAAGGGGGAAUAUGACUGAUUGGAUUAGAAAAACUGAUGCAGAUGGGAAGAGUUCUUAUCCACUACUCAUGUUGAGAUUGGUUAUUCUACUAUGCUUGCUUCUUGUGAACUUUGGGAAGUCUUUAGAUAUGCUCUUUGAUAUUCUGGGGAAGAACUAUGUCAUUGGAGUACUGCCCAAGGAAUUUGUUGAGGCCCUUAAGAAGGGGAGGAAAGACAGAUCUGCUAGUGCCUGUGUGCUAGCUAUAGCUACUGCUCUUAAGAAGAUUGGUAAUCCUUUAGUAAUUGCAAGUUUCGGGUUCAAUUGUUCAAGGUUCUUAUGCACAGAUGCCAUUUAUGUUGACAUGGUAUUAAACCCGAGCAAGGAGGACGUACUUGGGAAAUUCUUCCCUAAACCACCUGUUGUCCCAGCUUCACAAAGCCGAAUGAGACCUGUUGAAGGGGAAGGUAAUAAUCGUUAUACUGUUCUGUCGGAUGCUGAAGACACUCACAGUGAAGAUGAGGAGUCGAAGCCGAAGUGCCCAGAACCUGAUGCUGCUUCUGCAACCCAUGGGAAGAAAAAGGGCAAUCCCAAGAAACACAAGGGGAAAAAGGGUCGAAAGUAGCCAUCAAAUUCCUUGAUAGAGAUGCUACUUGAAUAUUUUGUA